UCGCGCUACGCCGUGGUCGUAAUCCGCCGGUUUCGCGUUUACGGCGUUUUAAAAAAAAAAAUUUUGGUUUUGAGUUUCCGUCGUCGUUUUCGUCGUCUCCAUCCGUUUCGCGUGUUUUUUUUUGUGACCUAGAUAUCCGACACCGCCUACGAGUUCUGGACGAGUUUUUAUCCGAUAAACGAUUCGGGAACUCGAUAUGAUAGGUACGGAUUUUAAUUUUUUAAAAUAACCUUCGAAAAACCGCCUUUGUCCGAUUUGAUGUUGUCGUGUAGUGGCGUCAAAAUUUUAACGUGACACGCUAGACUAAAAAUUAUUAAUAAUAUUAUUAGCAAUACGUUAUACCGCUUGACUUUUUUCGUGAAAUUACGUGUCUGCUCUAACUUUUACGUUUGUUUGUUUUUUUAUUUGUUUGUCUGUUUUUGAUGUUCUAUCAAGGUACAUGCAAGAGUUGUUAACUUCGUGGAAGAUCAUGCUGGAUAUUUAGUUUAAACAUGUCAACUACCCAUUCACCAAAUUGUUAAUAUCAGACGUAAGAGACAUCGAUGCUGCAUCUCGGCGGCGCAUGGCUGGCGCUUGGACGACGGCCACGGACGCGAUGAACUCGUCGGAAAAUAGUCAAAACGGGACUGCCGGAAAUCGGUCGUCGUCGUCUUUCCCCGAGUGGAACGGCGGCGGCGGUAACUGGUCCAUAGUGUUCUGUCCCGUGUUCGAGGGCGACGGGACGGACGAUGACGACUACAACCUGCUGUUCGAGUUCGUCACGUACGGCGUGCUGCUGAACGUGAUCGGCUUGUUCGGCAUACUGGGCAACGUGAUAUCCAUGGUGAUCCUGUCCCGGCCGCAGAUGAAGUCGUCCAUCAACUACCUGCUGAUCGGCCUGGCCCGGUGUGACACGGUGCUGAUCGUCACGUCCAUUCUGCUGUUCGGGCUGCCCGUCGUCUACCCGGCCACCGGACACCUGUUCAACUACUACUUCAAGGUGUACCCGCUGAUCGCGCCCGUCGUCUACCCCAUAGCGAUGGUCUCGCAGACCGUGUCCGUGUAUCUGACGCUCACCGUCACCCUAGAGCGGUUCGUGGCCGUCUGCCACCCGCUCCGCGCCCGGUCACUGUGCACGUACGGCCGGGCCCGGGCCUACGUGGUGGCCACCAUCGCGUUCGCCGUCCUCUACAACGUCACCCGGUUCCUGGAGGUGCGCGUCCAGAAGUGCAUGCACACCGGUUACAACCAGUACGUAUACCAGGUAUACCCCAGCGAGCUGCGCAACGACCGAGACUACAUAUCCGUCUACAUACAUUGGAUGUACCUGCUCAUCAUGUACUUCAUACCGUUCGGGUCGCUGGCCGUGCUCAACGCCGCAAUAUACCGCCAGGUGAGGAGGGCCAACCGAGAGCGGCAGCGGCUAUCGCGGCUGCAGAAGAAGGAGAUCGGGCUGGCCACCAUGCUGCUGUGCGUGGUGGUCGUGUUCCUGCUGUGCAACGUGUGGGCACUCAUAUCGAACGUGGUGGAAGCGUUCUACGGCAUCACCGUCGACCAGCUGGUCAAGGUCAGCAACCUGCUGGUGACGAUCAACUCGUCCGUCAACUUCGUCAUCUACGUGAUAUUCGGCGAGAAGUUCAAGCGGCUGUUCUUCAAGCUGUUCUUCCCUCGGGGUGUGUGGAUGUGUGGCUGGCACUUUGCCACUGACGGCCGCGGAGGCCCGGGCGGUGGCGGCGGCGGAGGUGGCCAUGCGGCCAUGGAUGACAGCGAAGCCACGUGCAACGGGGCGACGGCGUUCGAGUGCAGGCAAUUGGCCACCGCGGCCGGCGGUUCCUCGUUGUCCGCGGACCACUUCAAGCGGUCUCACCGCGGCCGUCACCAUCACCAACAUCACCAUCACCAUCAUCACCACAAAAACCGGGACGGCGACCGUCUGGACCACCAGCACGGGGCGGCGGCUAACGGCGGCGGUGGAUGUGGUACUGGUGGUAACGGUGCAUCCGACGACCGGGAACUCUGCUCGAAAACUCCAACCAACAGCGGUCUGAUUUGGGAACACUCAACCACUACCACCACGACCACUGUAAACGUACAUCAGAUCUGAGCAUUGUCGGACUCGAAUUGUGUUUUCACUUCAUCAUAGAUGCUUCACAAAACGAGUGUGUGUUUUUUAUUUUUAUUUUAACAAAUAUAUCAUGUUACCAACUAGAUUAGGUCGAGUGAUGAGUAGGAAGAUGAACAGGAUGAUGAUGAGAAAGAGGAGGAAAGUCGGUUGAUUUGGUUGAAAUUGUAGGAAUGAAAUAUGUCAUAUUAGACGUUGAUGGGCAGACAUUAUUACUGUCCGAUAUCUUAAAAAAUUUUGUUUUUUUAAAACGUUCGAAAUUCUAUUAGGAAAAAAAAAUUGGUCGACUAUAAUAAAUAUUGUAUAAUCGGUGAUCGGUUGUGCCAUCGUCUUGAUAGUCGAUAACAUGAAAUAUUUGCAACGGGUGAUUCGAUGUAAUAUUUCAUGUGGAUAGGCAUUUUUUUUUUCACCCAACUUCGUGGUUCACUGAACGUCAUCUAUUUGAUCGUACCGCAUUAAGAUCAUUAUACGACAGCACCCCAGGGACGAUCGCUCGCCAUUGCGGUUACAUGAGAGAUAGCGCGUGGUACCUAUACAUACAUGGUACCUUCUACCGAGGCUGGGCAAAUUAUCUUAUUUUUUUUAACUUAUAAAAAUUGCAAGUUAAAUAAAAAUUUAGUAACUUAGCGAUAAAAUUAUUUUAUUUAAACCAAGUAUUUGCAAUCCACUCCAAAGCACAUAAUUUGAUGAAAUAAUACACACAAUAUCAAAUAUAAAAUAAGUAUAAUAAAAGGUAUGUAGGUAUAACAUAAGAAUAGUUAACAGAAAGGGACGAUACACUCUACUAACUACGAACAUUAUUUAUUUAUUAAUUAUACGAGUAUUAACUAGGCUGGUUUAUUUUUAGGGUUCCGUACGUUUCCCUACGGAAGCCUUUUACUUUUGCUCGGCUGUCCGUCCGUCCGUCUGUUUGUCACCAGUCUGUAUUUCAUUAACCACGAAAGUUAGAAAAUUGAAAUUUUCACAGAUUAUGUAUUUUCGUAGAUGCUAUAACAACAAAUACUAAAAAAAGGGAGAGGAGCAACCCCGGUAGGUGCUAC